AUGUCAAUAGUCUUGCUAGUGAUUGUCGUCUUGGCUACGCUUCCGACUUCUAGUGGGAGGACUCGAAUUUUGCGUCAACGCCGAACAAGAACAUCACGUAAACCUUUAAUAACAUCAAGGCCUAAAAUUCAAGAAAAAGAUUGCACUCGCAUCGUCGAUUUAGUUCCUAAAUAUCGUGGAAGGUUACUCCGGAGUCAUCAACUAUGCGUUCGCCUCAAUGAAACCCAGUUAAUGAGCAAGCUUCGUAUCACUGGCGGAGGUUUCAACCCACGAUACAUGGCCAUUAACAAGACAGAUUCUUGCAGAUUUCAGGAUCUAGCUGUUGCAGACGAGCUUCCUGUACAACUCGCUACGCCAUCUGAGGCCCAACCUGAUCAUCGGCCACGCCAAAUUCAGCAAGACCCCUCUGAAAAUGAUUUGAGCCGCAUUUUGGAUGAGCCAGAAGUAGGUGAGGAGGAAGGAGACCGGUUGAGACAGAAACGGAUGACAUCCUUGAGCCCAGGCUCCACCCUGCGCGGCUGCUGGGGUCGAGGCUCCACCGUGGAUAACACUAACUUGCGACGCCUCUGUACGGAGUGUGCUGCAACCACUAGACUUCCAUCAAAAGUGUUCCCGCCUUUUAUCAACGAAGUUAUUUGUGACGACACAGACCAUUUCUGUUUUCGAGCAAUUGGAAGAUGUGUGCAGCGCUACAUGCAGUUCACAUUUCUUCGCUUUACAGGAGACUUCGAGCGAGAUGAUACUCUGAGCCAACUAUUGGGAAUUAAUGUAUACAUGGAGGAGUGGGAAGAUUAUGAACAAGAUAUCAGGUCCUGCUGUGAAUGCCGGAUAUUUUCAAUAUUCGGACGCAAAUAA